AUGAUUUUCUCAAAAUUGUAUCGUACUCAUAUACCAAAAAAAAUCUUCAAUCAAUUUCAACGCGUCAGACUACACUAUAACAAUGUUCCUUCAGUAAAAACACCUACUGGUUUAUUUAGAAACCCUGCAUUAUCAACUCCACAAGGCUUUAAAACUGAAGCAAAUAAAGUUUUAAAAAGAGUAGGAUUCUUAGUUCAACGUAUCUCAAAUGCAACUACAGAUGUCGUCGAAUUAAGAAAAGUUGUAAAAAAUUUAGAUAGAUUGUCAGAUUUACUUUGUUCAGUAAUAGAUACUGCUGAAUUUGUAAGAAAUUCUCAUCCUGAUCAAAAUUUUGUUAAUGCUGCUAAUGAUGUAUAUGAAGAAUUAUGUUUUUACAUGAAUUCUUUAAAUACAAAUACUGAUUUAUAUAAGGUAUUAAAUCAAGUACUUUCUACUCCUGAUAUUACAGCAAAAUUUUCACCAGAAGAGCUUCAAGUUGCAAAAAUAUUUUUACGUGAUUUUGAAAAAUCUGGAGUAAACCUACCAUCAUCUGAUCGUGAACAAUAUGUUCAACUAUCUAAUAAGAUUAUUACGCUUGGGCAACAAUUCAUUCACCCCCCUCUACGAGUAUUUCUUCGAGGAAUUAAAAUAGAUGAAUCUAAAUUAGAUGGAUUACCACUCAGUUACCACAAAGAUUUAGUCAGAAGAAAAAACAAUGAUAUGUUCCUAUAUAUUAGUCAAUGGUCCGCACAAAUCGUAUUGAAAUAUAUUAAAGAUGAAGAGAUUAGAAAACAAAUGUACACUUCUAUCAAUUCUGCAAGUAAAGAUAAAAUUCAACUAUUAGAAGAUUUAUUAAAAACAAGAGCUGAACUAGCCAAAUUAAUUGGCAUGAAGAGCUACGGAGAUGUUUUUAUUUCUGAUAAAAUGUUGAAAAAACCAGAAUAUGUGCAAACAUUUUUACGUUCAUUUGCUGACCAUCAUAAACAAAAGGCAUUAUCUGAAUUACAAACUCUUAGAGAAGCAAAACAACAAUUUACUAAAGAUAAAGAACUUCCAAUUGUUUAUGCAUGGGAUCGUGAUUUUUACACAGAAAAAAUCAAAUCUUCGUCUCAAACACAACAAUUACCCCCAAUUUCUUCAUAUUUUUCAGUUGAGUCUGUAAUUGAAGGUUUAUCAUGUCUAUUUUCAAGAUUGUAUGGUAUUUCUUUUGAAGCAUCUGAAAUUUUACCCGGCGAAGCUUGGUGUGAAGAUAUAUAUAAAUUUGAUGUCAUUGAUGAAAAGGAGGGUAAAAUUGGAACUAUUUAUUGCGAUUUGUUUAAUCGUUUUGGUAAAUUACAAACUGCAGCGCAUUACACUGUAAGAUGUUCCCGAAGAGUUGAUGAUGAUGAUGCAUUAGGCGAUCUUCCAUCAGGAUAUGAUCCGGCUGAACUAGAUGAUUUAGCAACUUCUGAUCCGGGGGCUAUUGUAAAUGGUAGACCUGGUAGAUAUCAAUUACCAAUAGUGGUACUAACAUGUGAUUUUGCAAAAUCAAAAGAUCAAAAUGUCCCUACUUUAUUAAAUUUGAUUGAAGUUGAAACACUUUUCCAUGAGAUGGGUCAUGCAAUGCAUUCAAUGAUUGGUCGUACUGAUUUUCAUAAUGUUUCUGGAACUCGAUGUCCAACAGACUUUGUAGAAUUACCAUCAAUUUUGAUGGAACAUUUUGUUUAUUCCCCAAGUGUUUUAUCAUUGUUUGCAAAACAUUAUGAAACCAAAGAACCAUUACCUCUAGAGUUAAUACAACAUUAUUCUAAAGAACGAUUACAAUUUACUUCAAUAGAAACUCAAUCACAAAUUGUAAUGUCUUUACUGGAUCAAUUAUAUCAUUCAUCUAUUGCUUCUACAGAAUCAUCGUCGAAUUUUGACACUACAUCAAUUUUAGCAAAUUUACAAGAUACAGUUGGAUUAUUCCCUUCAGUUCCUGGAACUGCUUGGCAAACACAAUUUUUUCAUUUAUUUGGAUAUGGUGCAGGAUAUUAUAGUUAUCUUUUUUGUAGAACUUUAGCUGGCAAGAUUUGGAAAGAUUUGUUUGAAAAGGAUCCAUUAAGUAGAGAAGCUGGUGAAAGAUUCAAAGAAGAAUUAUUGAAAUGGGGCGGUUCAAAAGAUCCUUGGAUAUGUAUUGGUAGAACAUUAAGAGAUGAAAGGAUCAUGAAUGGCGAUAGUAAAUCUGUUGCCAUUGUAGGCGAAUGGGUUGAUAUAUUAUGA